AAUUUAAACCCCUUCUAGUCUUCUUCUGCUUAUAAUACUUGUCUAAUCUAAGCUUUCCAUCGUUAACUCCAGCACAAGUAAGACAGCAGUCUUAAGCUUAAGUCCAGCAGCAUCAGCAAUUCAGCAUCUUCUAUCCAUGGCUUCCGUCCUCCACGCACAGCUUCCAGCUUUCGUCUUCUCCCUGUCCCUUCUCCUCUCCUCUGCACUUGGGGCGAGCUCGAGGGUGGUGUGCGAGCAGCUGACGGCGGAGCUGUGCGCGUUCGCCGUGUCGUCCACGUCGCGGCGGUGCGUGCUGGAGAACACGCACUGCGCGGGGCGGGCGACGGAGUACCAGUGCCGGACGUCGGAGGUGGUGGUCGAGGACGGCCGGCUGUCGGGGCUGGUGGAGACCGACGGCUGCGUGCGCGCGUGCGGCGUCGACCGCGCUACCGUCGGCAUCUCCUCCGACUCCCUCCUCGACCCCCGCGUCGCCGGCGCGGUUUGCUCACCGGCCUGCCUCCGGGGAUGCCCCAACAUCGUCGACCUCUACUCCAACCUCGCCGCCGGAGAGGGAGUAGCUUUUUCAGAGUUGUGUGAGGUACACCGUUCGAACCCUCGCCGUGCCCUGGCACAGCUCCAAAGCUCCGGUGAGGCACAUGGUACUCCUGCUUCUGCUCCUUCACCAACGGCGCCUCCUUCAGCUUAACCAGAUUUUUAGAUACAUGAUGAUGUUAUCAAUUUAUAGAUAAAUAUAUUUAUCAUCAAUGAUUGCUUAGAGAGUUGUAUUAUUGUUACGUGACUUAUAUUUUAAUAAUUUCAACAUUAUUUUUGCUUCUCA